AUGGCUGAUAUUGUCAAGUAUGGAAUAAUCGGUGUUGGGAUGAUGGGAAGAGAGCAUGUCAUCAAUCUGUAUCAUAUGAGGAAUGAAGGUGUAGCUGUGGUCGCCGUAGCUGAUCCCCAUUUGCCUUCCCAAGAACAAGCCAAGAAUCUUGCACUAUCAUUCAAUUGGCCUCUUAAGGUUUUUUCAGGGCAUAAGGAGAUGCUGGAUAGUGGGCUUUGUGAUGUAUUGGUUGUUUCGAGUCCAAACAUGACUCACUUCGAAAUUUUAAUGGAUAUCAUCUGCCACCCAAAGUCUCAUCAUGUUUUGGUGGAAAAACCUCUGUGUACAACAGUUGCAGAUUGCAGAAAGGUCGUAGAAGCUGCUAAAAGGAGGCCAGAUAUACUAUUACAAGUUGGGCUAGAGUAUAGAUAUAUGCCACCUGUUGCUAAACUGAUAGAUAUAGUGAAGGGUGGAUAUUUAGGACGAAUCAAGAUGGUGGCUAUCCGGGAACAUCGGUUCCCAUUUCUAGUUAAGGUCAACAAUUGGAACCGGUUCAACUGUAACACUGGGGGUACCCUGGUAGAGAAAUGCUGCCACUUCUUUGAUCUCAUGAGGCUGUUUGCAGGUACAAAUCCUGUCCGCGUAAUGGCUUCUGGAGCCAUUGAUGUGAAUCAUAAAGAUGAAACUUAUGAUGGGAAGGUGCCUGAUAUAAUUGAUAAUGCUUAUGUAAUAGUGGAAUUCAAAAAUGGUUCCCGGGGCAUCCUUGACCUCUGUAUGUUUGCUGAAGGGAGUAAAAAUGAACAAGAAAUAUCUGUUGUUGGUGACUUUGGGAAGGGUGAGGCAUUUGUUCCUGAGAGUAUUGUUCGUUGGGGUAUUCGAAUCGAAGGAAGGGAUGGUGUUACAACUUUAAAAGCUGAGGAUGAUCGAAUAAAAUACGAGGGACUACAUCACGGUUCUAGCUAUUUAGAACAUCUUCAGUUUUUGUCUACGAUAAGAGCAAAGGGGACACAAGCUCCUGCUGUAGAUUUGCACGACGGAUUGGUUUCUGUAGCAAUUGGAGUUGCAGCACAGCUCUCGAUUGAGAAGGGCAGAGUGGUAACCAUUGAGGAGGUAAUGCGUGAAUAA